UUCUUUUUGACUUAUUAAUAAAAACUGUAUCGCUAGUUUAGAGAUAAGUUUUAAUUUUUUUAAUUUAUUAAUAAGUACUUUCGUUUAAUUGUAUCAAUAGUAGUUUAAUUAGUCGUGGGCAAAGCAAGAGCACAAUUUUAAUAAGGAAAUAUUGCAUUAUUUUACAUUUUAUUAGAAAUUUCUGUUAGAUAUUAAUAUGUUGAAAAUAAAAAAUUUAAUCGUACAUUUAAAAAACACAAGAAAUACUUCUUGUACUAGAUGUCCACAGUGCAAUUACUCAUUACAUCACAAUGGAAAAUUUACUGGAGAAAAAGAUAGAUUUAACGGCGUUACUGUUGAUUCUACAAAGUUACAAUGUAAAAAAGAAACAUUUUCGAAAAUUUUAGAUGAAUCACUAAAAAGUUGGAUUAUUGAAGGCAGAAGAUGUAUAUGGUUCAAGAUCAACAUAACUGAUUCGGCAUAUGUUCCUAUGUUAGCCCAAAAAGGUUUUAAUUUUCACCAUGCCAGAGAUGAUUUUGUGAUGAUGUACAAAUGGUUGCCCGUUGAUUCAGAGCCUAACUUGCCUCCGGCUUGUCACACAAAUCUGGGUGUAGGAGCAUUAGUAUUGAAUGGAAGAAAUCAGUUAUUAGCUAUAUCUGAAAAGCACUAUGAUUACCCACAUUGGAAACUUCCUGGUGGGUAUGUUGAAAGAGGUGAAGAUAUAGUAAAAGCUGCUCAAAGAGAAGUUAAAGAAGAGACAGGAGUUGACUCAGAAUUCUUAUCUUUAAUAACGUUCAGACAUACACACAAUAUGAUGUUUGGCAAUUCAGAUAUUUAUAUACUCCUGAUGAUGAAAGCUUUAUCGGAGAAAAUAACACUGUCCCUAAGAGAAGUACAAGAUUGCAAAUGGAUGAAUAUCGACGAGUACAAAAAUCAUCCACAUGUUCAUGAGUUCAACAAAUUGGUAAUCAAUCAAGCCUUGAUGCAUAAAAAUGACAAUUUAAAACUUGACAUACAAAAAAGAACUGUGAAAUGGUCGCAGUUUACGAGAGAGAUGAGCUACUUAAUCGUUGAAAAUUAUGACAAUAAAUAGUAUAUUUUAUUGUGUUAUAU